UCAUUCAUGACAACGCGGAAUCCGCGGCACAACACUCGGCUGGAACGCCGGAUAGCGGGCUCAACCAACCAGUGGCGUUUCCCCAAAGAUGCCUUCUCCCAAGACCUGCUGGCGCUCUCCCAGCAGAGCAAGGAUGUGAACGUAGACUUUGAUGAUGCGCUGAAGGACGUAGACAGGUUAUGCUUUUCAAAAAUUCAGAAAAAAGUCCUCGAGAAUUUGAAGAACGAGGCCAUCCGAAGUAGGGAUGCAGUGGUGAUUCUCAAAUGUCUGGGCUCAGAAUGGGAGCUCCACCUGCCCCAGCUUUUUCAGUCCAGGACCUUGACCAAGCUUUACCUGGUGGCCGUGGGAGGGGGCACCACCAGCCCCACAAAGGAUCUGGAGAAGCUUCUGCAAGUGCCAGCUCCUAGGAAGGUCAAAGAAAAACCCCCCAUAAAGAAGAUGGUCAUUUCCUUGAAGAUCAAUGACUCCUUGGUCACCAAAUGUGCCUUCGCAACGGCCCUGAAGAACCUCUACUCGAGCCAGGUGGAGAUGGACUUGGACGACAUGCCGGGCGUGCUGGCCUCUGCUUACAUUCUCCAGUUCAACAGCCUGUUUCAAAGGUGUGUGACCAUGAUGAUGACGGGACUCAUGCCAGACAACAUCAGUAACUUCUACCUGACCAGCUGCAAGUACCAGGCAGGGCAGCUCACCACCGCCUGCGAGAAGUGGCUGGAAAUGAACUUGGUCCCCCUGAUGGGGACGCAGACCCACCUCCGCAAAAUCCCAGAGGAGCUACUCCACAAAGUGCUGAAGUCCCCCAGGUUGUUUACUUUUAGUGAAUUUCACCUUCUGAAAACAUUACUUUUGUGGGUCUACUUGCAACUAAACCACAGAAUUCAGACGAUUCCGGAAUAUGAAACCGUGAUGACUUUUUUUAACAGCUUCCCCAGGAAGUGUUCCUUUCUGGACCAAAAUGUAGGACAUGGCUUGAUGUCACUUUUCCUUUGCCUGCGUCUACACGCCAUCACCGAAGGCAAGGACCUGGAGGACUUAAUGCACAUGAACAUCUUCCCCGAGUCCAGGCUGGUCCAGGUUACAGCCAACCAUUACCUCGCACUGGAGAGUGGGGGUGACAUGGUCCACUUGACAGAUCUCACCACCCAGGCGGUGAGAUUCGGGCUGAUCUUUGUCCAGGAAUAUACAACUUAUUCAAAAAUGAUUGCUGUAUAUGGAUUCUUGUUUGAGAUAAAAGGAAUAAAAAAUGAUACUACUUCUUAUCAUUUCUACGUGCAGAGAAAAAGGCACACGGACGUGGAAUUCCCCUCCUUGCACUGUGAGGAUGGUAUCGUCAGCCUGAGACCAGAACGCUUGGUCAGGUACGAGAUUACAGCUCAGACCCUGGUGGAUGGCAAGUGGCAGGAGUUCCGGACAAACGAAAUCACACAGAAGUUUCGGCUCAUUAAGCCAUUCUGCAAAAGCCAGGUCUUGAAAAUCCAAACUGUGGGCAUCCGGAUCUACGUAAGUUUUUCAUUCAUCUUUCCAGGAUCUUGACCAUUUCCAGAAGGAUCUAUGGAAUAUUUUCUCUUCCACCAGUCUGCAUAAAAGAAAAUAAAAAGGCAUUAAAGGGAUUACUCAAGUAUUCAGCUGACUUUUCUAGUUAGCGAUGGUCUUAUUAAAGCUUUUGCCCACUGUCUUUGUCUGCUUGGGACUGAGCCACUGGGUAACUUAUAAACAACAGAAAUUUCUAACUUAUAGUUCUG